AUUGACUAUACGCGGCGGUCUGAGUGAUGCGGAUAUCAUACAACGAUAUCAACACUGGCUGUCAUCUUCAUGCUGCAAUCUUCAUGCUGCAGUGCGUGCAUGCGCGCGCCCUGUUCAUGCCGUUAGGCAUGCGUGUACCGCGGGAUCCUAUACCUAGGUCAACUCGAGCACGGGAUUCACGCUCUGCGGAUCUCUCAUCAUUGUCAAGUCAGUGCGGGACAGUGCCUGCGCCUGUGUGUAUUUCCGCAGAAAGGAUGAUAUCGUCCACGGUCGACAGGUAUAAAGAGGAGCUUUACACUAUGCCAAUCGUUUCCACUAUUCUUAUGGCUUUGUUUGCCUUUAUGCUUGCGAGCAUAAACGCCACACCGAUCCUUCCCCGGAACGAACACGCCCCAGCCCCCGACGCAUGGUGUGGAGGUCAUCCUUGCGGGGGAUACAAGCGAGAUGCCCUCGCUGAGACGAAUACGUUCGGCCCGUCCACGCCCAUCCUUGUUCGGCACGAGAGUGUAUCUGCCCCACAUGCCGAUGCGUGGUGCGGAGGACGGCAAUGCGAGGAAUAUAAACGACUUGAACACCUUGAGUCGGAGACGUCCGACCCCUCCGGCGAGAUCACGUAUUGUGGAGGCGCUCCUUGCCCCGUCGAUUGAAAUGUUAGGACCAGUUUGUCCAAUCCCACUUUGUUCAUUAUAGUGACAAGGACUCUUAUACAAUAAUUGUCUUUGUAUUUAUUUAUUCUACUGCUUUAACAUCCUAUUAUGUAUUUUCGUGUUAUGAGGCUGGCUCUUUGCCGAUGUAUCUACAAACGAAUUGUUU